CUGGUUGGGUGCGGAUGUGGCGGGUGCAAGAACGGAACAGUUAGUUAGUGGUGCGUUGGUGUUUGGUGGUGAGGGCGCGUCUCGUAUUAUAUAUUCAGUCGUGUCGGACUUUGAAGAGCGUGUGUGUAGCUGAAACGUGACGCGCGACGAGUGACGCGUUAAUUAUUAUCUCGUUCCGCGGCGACUGUUGUGUAGGGAAACAGGUUGCUCCGAAGCGUUGGCCAGGUAAGCGCCGCAUGUUGCCAACUCUCGAGAAAGCUGCACCGGAGUCGUCGUGAGGAAGCUGUGCCCAUUUGACCGGACUUCUCUGCCCUGCUGUUCGAGUCCCGGUGGGAAGAGAUGAGGACCGUGGCGUGUGCCGUGCUGCUCGCCUGCUUCAUGGGCUGUCUGGCAGGUGCCUGGGCCCAGAGCGCGGGGCUGGAGAUCCUGCCCAACAGCGAGAACCAGACCAAGCCGAUCGGGCGCAGCAUGCUGCUCACGUGCAAGCCCAACGUCACCAACAAGAACCUCAUCUCGCAGCUGCGCUGGACCGACCCCAGCGGCCGCGAGGUGCCCUUCAAGAACCCCACCCUCCUGAAGCCACACAUCUUCGUGGACUGGCUGCCACCACCCGGAGAGAAGGUUCUGACGCUGAUGAUCCCCGAGCUGCGUGAGGCAGACACGGGAACCUAUACGUGCAGCGCCCUCUACAGCAACACCAAGCAACUCUCCAAGUCCGUCCACGUGCGCACCAUCAUGCCUAUCACCUGGGAUGAUGCGCCAGAGGAGCAGUACCCGACAGUGAAUGAGACUUUCAAGAUCCGCUGCAGGGUCUCGGCCAACCCACCUGCCAUAGUCAACUGGAUGCGCGACGGCCACAUCGUGGAGACAGGCGACCGCUAUGUGGUCGAACAGGAUGGUCUCACCAUUCUGAAUGUGACUGAGAUGGACGAUGGCACUUACACGUGCCGCGCCAUCGUCAUAGCGACUGGGGAGAUGGCACUCCGCCCCAUACGUGUCGAGGUCCACACACCACCUCAAAUGUCGGGUGCUUUGCCACCAAAGCUGGAAGCAGUCGAAGGCACCGACUUCACGGCCAAGUGCGCAGCUUCAGGGAAGCCCGUUCCGCGUUACACUUGGAUCCGCGUGGACACGGCUCGCGACCUAACCAAGGACGGGGAUCGCGUGUCUGCUGACGUGUUGCUGGGGGAGCUCAGGAUUCGUGAGGUGCGGCCAGAGGAUGCAGCCAAUUACAGUUGCACAGCCAAGAAUGCCGCUGGGACCGCUACUGCCACCGUCGAAGUGACUGUCGUCGUGCGACCACGGAUUGGCCGCUUCGAUAACAUAUCCGUAGCGUCAGGCAAAGACUCGGAAGCUGUCCUCGAGUGUCAUGCCACUGGUUCCCCUCUACCUGCUGUUACAUUUAGGAAGCUGAGUAAUCCUAACCGCUACAUUAAUGGCAUCCAACCGACCGAGGACAGGAUCACAGUUGACGGUGUCGAUAGCCCAGAUGGCAGGACGAGAAUUGGCAAACUUAUAAUUUCUAAUGUCCUGCGAUCUGAUGACGGUUUGUAUGAGUGCAUAGCAACUAAUAAGGGUGGUGAGGUCAAGAAGAACGGCCAUCUGAUGGUGGAGUUCAAACCGUCGUUCGCAGACACCCCACAGAAGGAGGUGUGGGGCUGGGAGCAGCACGCCGUCAACCUGACAUGUCUGGCGCACAGCAUUCCCAAUGCGACCAUCAGCUGGCACUUCAACGGGGCGGACCUGUUCCGUGGCCGUGAAGGCCAGGAGCUACAGCAGACGGGCUACACACUCUUCGGCAGUGGGCCGCGUUCCACUCUCCAGGUAAUCCCAUUCAACCGCAAAAUGUACGGCAAUUACAAGUGCACUGCCACCAACAAGCAUGGGACUGCUGUUCACGAGAUCAUGCUGAGGGAGGCUCGCGUGCCGUCUGCCGUCCUGCAGGUUAAGAUGGACGUCAUGACCGCCACAACUGUGACGUUUAAAUUCUUCGGCCCUGGAAAUGACGGUGGCCUUCCGACGAAGAACUAUGCCGUUCAGUACAAGCAAGACAGUCAAGGCUGGGAAGAUGCACUUAACAGGACAUGGCCAGUCGACUCUCCAUACAUUCUGGAGAACCUGAAGCCCCAGACCAGGUACAACUUCCGGUUUGCGGCUCAGAACGAGGUCGGUUUCGGUCCGUGGUCAUCACAGCAGACACACACAACCCCACGGAUAUCAGCACCAGAGGAGCCGCGGCUACUGGGUUUGCCGCUAUCUGCCACGUCCGGAACUGAGAAUGAGGUGGUUGUGUCUCCAUACCCAAACCGGUACGAGCUCCGGUGGCAGGUGCCUGCAGAUAAUGGUGAACCUAUCACUCACUACUCCGUCAAGUCUUGCCCUGUGGAGAAGUACGAUACGGAGUGGAGGCUACUACCGUACCCGUGCCAGGAACACAAGCUGGAAGGGCAGGCGACGACAUUCCAGCUGGAGUCGCUGCAGCCAGACACGCACUACAAGGUGGAGGUGCGCGCCACCAACGCCAUCGGCAACAGUGUUCCCGGUCAGAUAAUCGUCAGGACGGUCAAGGAUCCGAGCCAGAUGCCAGGCGUCGCAAAUGUGGAGGAUGGCAGUGAGGGUCAGAUGAGCUCUGCGGCCAUCGUGGUGUUGGUGGUGGCGGCACUGCUGCUCGCACUGCUCGUUGUCGACCUGGUGUGCUGCCUCGUGUGGCGUGCCGGCCUGAUCGCCGCGCUCUGCCACCGCUGCUGCUCUGCCGCCAAGACGGACGACUCGGAUGCCAAGAUUGCCAGCCUUUACAGCUGGCGCUUCCCCCUGCCGUACUGCAGCAACAAGGAGGACCCGGCCAUGCUCGCCCCCGCUAAGAUGCAGCAGGCCACUGUCAAGAUCCCCGUCAUUGAGGAGAAAGAGCCACUGAGGGAUGGGAAAGAACCAGUUCCUAUCAUAAAAGAAAGCAGAGUGAAGAGGGAGACAGCUGUGGAUUUUGAUGUCAAGAAAUCUGUUUCGAGAACGAGCUUCGUGGGAAAGGAUUCUGCAGUCUAAAAAGCAGCUGUCCCAAGUAUCGGUGGCAUCAAGUGCAGCUCCCCGUGUGCCGACAGUAUUAGUAGUGAAAGGGACAUCACAAAAUAAGGGUGGGCCACAUUUUAAUUUUUUCACACUUGUUGCCUUUGCUCCUGCAACUAGCAAGAAACUGUGACACUGAAUAAUAUGUUUUUGUGUAUCCUGGCCACCUGCCAAUGCCAGAUGUGGCUGCAGCUUUGAAAGUGUGAUACACAGUUUAUUAUUAUAUGAACAGUGUAUAUUUAUUGUGUCUGUCUUACCAACAAUUAAAGUUGGUAAAUAUUGCUUUAAGACUGUUAACUGUAUACACUGCAUGUUUUAUUGAUAAUGGGCAGUGCUUUGAUGUUUAAAUGUGUAUUCUCAUAUGUUAGAAAACCAUGGAUAUUUCUCCAGUUGUUUCUGUCUGAAGUGCCAUUGCUAAUUAAUCAUUAAAACUUUUCUCUACUAAUGAAAUAUGGCUCAGGCUGUAUAACUUUUACUGAGAAGUUGGACUGUACUGAGUCCAGCAUUUGUCUUUUUAAUGUUGUCAAGGAAUCAUCAUGGCUGCAAAGAAUUGUAAUUGCAGCCCUGCUUUAGAGGUUUCUUAAAUAUGUAAAAGUGUUUGAGGUUGUAAAAGAGUAAAAUUUGUGUGUGCCAGUACAUCCUGAGGUACUUGAUCAGUAAACUGAACUGCUUAAUGCUACAGGAUAUGUUUUAAGAAAUUUGUGGUAAACAAGAUUUUCACCAAAUGUUACUUGUACUAGCAGUUUAAUGUUGUGAAGUGUUUUAUACAGCUUCUAAUGCAGCAAUGUGUCAUAUUUUUUGGAGUAAAAGUUUCAGCUAAAGUGUAUGUGAAAUUUCAGCCAUUGUUUGGGAAAUUCAUAAAUGUCUUUCAUGUAUCUAAUAUAAAUUUACUGCCAAAUGUAGACCAUUUUGUAGUGAUAUCGAUAGGUAUUAAUGCUAUUUUGUGAUCCUUUUACAGACGAAUGUAGUCACUCUAGUAUAUUGGACCUGGUUCCGUGUCACUUAACUGCAUUAUGGCCAUAUUUCUUCUUCAAUUUGAAUGGAGAUUUAAAGUGUCAGUAUUUUGCUUGCUGUUAAAACAGAUCAUGAAGUACGUGCAAAAGCAAACGUACUACACCAAUCUGAAACAAAAUCCUUUUGUCUGAAUUCUCUACUCUGGUUGUUUUAUUACUGGGUAUCAAAUAAUGAUUGCAGUGAUGUUAUUUUGUGCAAUGGAGCCAACAUAGUGGCUGCUUAGGCAGAAGUGUCUUAAAGCCACAUUUGUGGUGACUGCUCUUUGCAGAACUGUAGGUUAGGCUUCACAAGUGCAAUUGAUGGUAAUGGCUUUGCUACUGAUGAGGAAUCUGUACAAAUAUACAUAAAUGUGUAAUAAUCAGUGUAUGUUGGAAAUGCCUGUUGUGUGUUUAGUGUAAAUGACUUUCAUAGCAAGGACUGCAUGUUACUUAAAUUACUCUGGAUUAUGAGUUGACUUUUAAUUCACUCUGUAUGACCCGUACGUUUCUUUCUACUUACCGUGCUACAACAAAAACAGGAAACAACAUAAUUCACCCAUCCCAUUUGUUUCAAAGCAAACAGCCAUUUGGAGUACCUGCAACUGAAUGCCUGAUAGGUCAGUUCAUGUUCAAAUUCUGCCUUCACAGUAACUGAAUAGUUUUUUAUAAAUCUGGAACUGUAUUGUAUGAAGACUGGAAUAUAUGACUUUAUUUAUCACUAAAUUGUGAAUUAGUACAUGAUCGUUCUAUGUGAAGCAAAAGCUUAUAUUUUUUUAAGGCAGCUUUUUGUAAACUAAAUUUUUGGCUUAUGUGUGUAUUGAAGAGUGCAUUGUAAUUAAAACCAUACAUAUGUAACCCUAA